AUGGAAGCUGUUCUGAAUCAAGCUGGGCUUCCGAGGCCCGGGGCACCGCCGACCAGGAUAUCGCCUUCAGAAACUGAUGCCGCGUCUGUCUCUGUGUUGGCCGGCCCGGCGAUACCAACCAGCACAGCGCCAAUACCGAACCACCGGCUUGAUGCCGCACAAGCCGCAGCCAGUCACGCCCCAACAGAUCACCCCAUGGGUGAUGAAGUCGUAGUACCGCCAGCGCCGGGCCCGUCUCGUAACUCUGGCGGCCAAUCCAACCUCAGAGGUAGUCAGACGCCUGUCCCUCAGUCUCGAGAGAUUCGCGAACCACCGUCGCAAAUAUCAGACAAGAUGCCAGCCUUUGCCGUCAUUGCAAGUCGUAUGAGGGAGGUUAAUUCCGCCUCUUAUUGUUCUACAUUCAACAGACAGGUCUUCACCCCUCGACUCGAACGGGAGGAGGCCAUUACUAUCUUGAUGCCUCUCUAUGAAGACGUAAUCAGAAAUUACCCGCUUUUGAACUUUCACUACUUUGUUCGCCAUUUCGAAACAUUACCAGCAGCAGAUGACACUUUUAACAGCACAUCAGGCUGGGCAUAUAUGAACGCUGUUAUUGCCGUCGGAACACGGUGGAAGACUAUCAACAAUGCGUUUCAGGAAGUCUGUCAACUCGCCUGGCCUUUCUUCAAAAAUGCAUUUUCCGUCCUUACAGAGCUGAUGGUCAAGGGCAGUGACUUGCUAUCGGUGCAGGCCAUAGUCGCCAUGGCAGUCUUCAUGCAGGGAACUACUUGCACCAGAACAGCAACUUUGCUAUCAUCUGCCGCAGUAAGACUGUCUCAAAACAUUGGGCUGCAUCGGCAGCCUUGCACCAUGAUGUCGAUGUGCGCACAGGAUGUCGAGGCACGAAGCCGGGUGUUCUGGGUGGCCUACAUACUCGACAAAGAAACUGGUCUGAACCACGGCCUAGAUUCGAUACAAGACGACGACGACAUUGAGACGGAGCUGCCGAGUGGAUGGGGAGACGGCGUUGACAUCUUGAACCUCAGAGCCAAGCUCGCGAUGGUAGAGUCUUCGAUCCGCAGACGUUUAUAUACAGCAAAGGGUCUCCGGCUUACCGACGAUGACUUGGUCAAGGCCAUUAUCGAUUUAGAUGCCCUUCUUGAGGAAUGGAGGUCAAGUAUGCCCACAAAUCUUCAACCAUCCUAUGAAACCCCGGCAUCAGGGGCAAAUAUUGCGCCAGACAUUCUAAAUCUGCACUUGGCCUUUUACAGAUGCACAAUGAUGGUGCACUGGGCAGCAAGACGGCACGAUCAAUACCCUACCGUAGCUGUUUUUGUGGGAACGCCCGCUGGAUUCGAAAUGCCCUACAUCCAGCUGUCCUUUUCGCAGAAGCGAUGCCGCAUGGCGGCGCACGCGACCUUGGGACUAUUCCGAACUAUUAUAACGCCGCAAUACGCAGACCUAUGGCGAAUCUUGUGUUACCCCCUUUGCGCCAGCAUCACUCUCUUGACGGAUGUGCUCGAGAGUCCAGGUUCUUCUCGCGCUCGGGGAGACUUGGCAGCAACGCGAAAUUUUGCCCAUUUCCUUCAAAAGUUCGAAAAGUCAGAAGGAUGUGAUUUGAAACGUGUCUUGACGGCGUGCGCCAUGAUGCAGCGAACGGCGCAACAUACUGUUGAUGAUGCUCAGAACAUAAUGCGCACCCAGAAUCUGGUCGGCAAUGACGGCGGUGGUGUGUCCCUCAUACCGGGUUUCAGUCUCAGUGAAGAUGCGCAGGUUCUGCAUUCUUUGCUCGGCACGGCAACACAUCCGAUGUAUCUCAUUCAAGGACUCAUGGGGAAUCUGCCCAACCGAGACCAGAAUCUUACAAUGAGGCUUGCGCAACUGCUUGGUACUCCCUUUGAGAGCGGCAAGCCGGGCAGUCCACUCGGAUCUCAACCGUUGCAACCGGAGACGUACGGCUUUGGCUUCGGUCAAGGCCAAGCUGGCAAUGACCCAACGGCGAAUUGGUCUUGA